UGCUCUCAGGUCGUCUCUUUCUGCAGGACUGUAAGUGUCAAGAAAUACGAAUAAGGAUAAAAAAAUAUUUGCCUCAAAAUUUAAGAAUCCAAGAUCUACACGGGACAUCUGCUCUCCAUCUACCGCACAUCUCUCCGCAUCAGCAGCCAUGGUGCUCGAGGAGAAUGAGUGUGACUCUGUCUUUGACCUCCAAAUCACUGAGGAGCAUGUGGAGACUCACUAUGGGAACGUCCACUGCAUCAUGACAGGAACUCUGAAGGCAAACCUCCCCGUCAUCCUGACAUUUCAUGAUGUUGGACUGAACCACAAGUCCUCUUUUGAGACACUCUUCAACCACGAGGACAUGCGGGAAAUCAUCAGACAUUUGCCUGUUUGUCAUGUUGAAGCACCAGGACAACAUGAGGGAGCCAAAACUCUGCAUAAUGACUAUUCCUACCCUUCCAUGGACCAGCUGUCUGAAGCGCUGCCCGCUGUCCUCAAACACUUUGGGUUGUCUAGGGUGAUCGGAUUGGGAGUUGGAGCGGGAGCCUACAUCCUUGCUAAAUUUGCUCUGAAUCACCCAGAUAUGGUGGACGGAUUGGUCUUGAUCAACAUCAACCCCAGCGCUGAAGGACUAAUGGAUUCUGUUGCAAGCAAGAUCACCGGCUGGACCCACACUCUCCCGGACACAGUCAUCACACACUUGUUUGGAAAGGAUGAGAUUGAAACCAACCAUGACCUCAUAGCUACAUACCGUCACAACAUCACCACAACGAUGAACCAGUCCAACGUGACUCAGUUCCUCCACUCCUACAGCAAACGCAACGCUCUGGAGGUGGAGAGGCCUGUUCCUGGAGGAAACAUCAAUGCCAGAACCCUCAAGUGCUCCACUCUGCUGGUUGUAGGAGAUAAUUCUCCAGCUGUGGAGGCCGUGGUCGACUGCAACUCUAAACUCGACCCCACCAAGACCACACUGCUCAAGAUGGCGGACUGUGGAGGACUUCCUCAGGUGGAUCAGCCAGCCAAAGUGAUUGAAGCUUUGAAAUAUUUCAUCCAGGGCAUGGGAUACUUGUCCAGUGCCAGCAUGACUAGACUUCGUUCCCGGACGGCUUCCAGCUCCAGCAUCUCGUCCGUCGAUGGCUCUCGGAGUCGCGCGCACACCAACGAGCUGCAGUGUGUCCGAACACACUCGCACAGCACCGAGGAGAAGCGCGGGCGCUCGCACACCGACGUCUCCAUGGAGUGUAAUUCCAACAGUAACCAAAUCUCGUCAAAGUCCACUUAAGCGGAGUCCUACAGCACACUCUGCACUAAAUUCCAUGCACAUAAAUCAAAGCAUACCUCAUUAUAUCUACCCAGACAGCUUCUCUCUGUCGUGCCCUUUACUCUGCACUAUCUCCAGCUGAAAGGUCAAAGGUCGUGAACCUUCAUGUGACUUUGCGCUGUCCCUCUGAGUCCCUCAUCAACUGCACAAACCUUUCCUGCGUCUCUCUCUUGGCAUUGUUCCCAAUCUCUCCAUCCAACUGGUCUCCUUCUCUCUGAACUGUUGCUGUAUGUCUCUCUGUAUCCUUCUUUACGAUGUGUUUCUCUCACAGUCCCUGUUCGUCUUCUUUUCUCUUUUCUUUCUUUUCUUCUCCCGACUGAUCUAGUACCAGAGAUUCUUCCUCUUGCUCUGAUAUUUAUCACAAUAGACACUACAUGAGGAAAUUGUGAAAGCUGAAAUGUUUUCUUUGGAAAUUAUGUGUUUAUGUAAAACUCAGAUGUGUAUUCAUGUUAUUAAUAUAAUUAAAAUGAAAAGAUCCAGUAUUUACUAGUGUACUAACUGGAUGUUCAUAGCUAAUGUGUAUUGAUUAUAUGCAACGGUGAGAGUUGUGUGAUAUAAACCGGUAAUAUGUUACUGAUAGAAGUUUAAGAUCAGAAAUUGUUGUUUUAAAUUGGACUGGCUUUGGCAAUUUUGUGAAAACAAAGUCAUAUUGUUUGUGUAAAAACAUGUUACAUUCAAUUCAAUCAUUAAAACAGAUGUAAGUGUUUAUUGUACUGUUAGUCAUCUAAGUGGCCCUCAUUUAUUCUACAUAUGAAAAACAGAACACUGUGACCUGUUAUUUUACCAUUUAUUGCUAUCACUGUCAUGCAUCUUGAACUUAGCAGCCCUACAACUAAACAUGUUGGAUUCAAAUGACAAAACCAGCUAUCAAAUAAGAUUGUGAUUAUUACAGUAAUACAAACAACAUAAUUCUGACAAAAUACUGUUGUUCAUAUAAUCACCAUUGAAUCUUGGUUAUUUGAUUGGAUUAAUUGUAAAAUGAAUAAAAAAUAAAAAAGACAA